AUGGCACACCAGUACCGUCAACACUCGCAUAAUGCGAGCACGAGCUCUGAAGACACUAUUUUUGUCAGCCAGCCAGACAGCCCGUUCAUUCAGAGCCCCGACAAACGACAGAGCCUGGGAUCUUACAAAGCCUAUCAAUCGCCCUACGUUUCUGUUCAUCCUGAAGAUGUACCUGGCAGCGAACCUGCGUUGAGUAGCACUGGCGAGUCGAGACGAUCCACUCGCUGGAGCAGAAUCUCAGAGAAGACACAUCAAGCCCGAGAAGUUUCCAACUCAGGAACAUGGACCUUUGAAAUAGCCAGUCUUUGCGUCACCGUUCUCGCUGUUGCUGCCAUCAUCGGCGUGCUUGCUGCGUAUGAUGGUCGGCCCUUGGCAUCAUGGCGAUUCCAAAUCACCAUCAACGCCGUAAUUGCAAUGCUCGCCACUGUCGCGACUGCAACUAUUGCCGUUGUUCUCUCCAGUGGUAUCAGUCAGCUUAAAUGGAUUCACUUCAAGACUCGUCGCGAACCUCUGUCUGACAUGGAGGUUUUCGACGAUGCAAGUCGAGGGACCUGGGGAGCCUUGAUGAUGCUCCUCAAGCUCCGCGGAGGAUUUCUAGGGUCAUUCGGCGCUUUUGUUGCCAUUCUCACCUUGGCAUUCAGUCCGUUUGCACAGCAAAUUGCCACUUUCCACGCUCGUACUACCGAUUCCAACGAAGGCGCCACCAACCUGCGCUCUCAGCAGUACAUGAUUGCAUUGAGCAGUCAGACUGCGUCGGAAGGAUUCAUCCCUAUUCUGCCGUUUAAAGCUGCGGUCUACAACGGCCUCUUCGCUGAGAACGGCAAGCCGUGGUUAAGCCUUCCUGUCAACUGCCAGACUGGUAAUUGCACCUGGGAACCAUUCGAGACUCUUGGUGUGUGUAAUACUUGUAUCGAUCAGACCGAAUUCAUGACCAGGUCCUGCGAAGAAGGCUCGACGGAGGACAUGACACAGUGUGGCUGGGCUCUGGAUAAUGGAGCCAGGCUCAAGACUCACGCUGAUGUUUUCAGCAUGACCCCCUUAUUUCCUAGAGGCCUAGGAGAUAUGACCUACUCAACCAUCAUGAAGGUCGUAUUUAUGGGAACCGAGAAGCAGAAUGGUACUGCCGGCGUUGUUGCACCCUGGGCGAGGCAGUGCACAUUGCAGGCUUGCGUCCAAACCCUCAAGUCUUCAAUCAAGAAUGGCGAACUCAACGAGACAAUCACCCAUGUCCAGACCAACGAUUCUGUUCCCACUGCUACAACUAAUGACCUGGAGCCCAUCUACAUCAGUGGCGAGAGCGGCAAUGAGACGUAUCCCAUUGACAUGAAGGUCAUGAUGGGCAUGCGCUCGUGGUUCUCAAACCUGUUCCGCAAUGGCUCGGCAUCGCGUAAUGAGGAGGUUCUCAAUCAAACCAUCACCAGUCCUGACAAGGUGAUCGUCAACCUCACCGUUGGUAUCUCUAGCGGCGAGACAUUCUUCGACACCGACAUUGUCCAAGCGUUCUACUGGAACUACUACGAGUACCCAGGCGGUAUCGACAUGCUGAUGAACGAUCUCGCCACCAGCGUCACAGUCAGCUUCCGAAGUUUUAAGGGCACCAAUGUCACUGGACUAGCACAUACCGUGGAAAGUUACAUCCAUGUCGAAUGGAGUUUCCUAACGUUACCUCUACUCACUGUCCUGCUGACAGCUGCUUUCCUGAGUGCUGCAAUCUACCAGACCUGGCGUUGGAAGGCAAGUCUGUGGAAGAGCAGCGUUCUUGCGACACUGGUCCACGGACUAGACCGGAAUGCGAGAGAGCGUCUUGAAGACUUGGGAGGCUUGCGGGAACAGCAGAAAGAGUCAAAGGUCGUUACGGUGCAGCUAGAUGAAGGAGAUGGUGGGCUUCUGAAGAUGUCCAAAUUCGACGACAUCUGA